AUGUCACAGGCCAACGCCGCUAUCUAUGUCUCAGUCACCCAAUCGGCUCAAUUCCAGGCUCUCUUGGAAAAGCUUACUACCGAUGACGACCGCCAAGCCGUGGUCGAGUACAUGGAACAAACCGAAGCACAAAUGUUGGAAGUAAUCGAGGGGUGGAAAACUAAAGUGGCUUCUCCCUUCAGCAACAUCGUCAACUCCGAAGAAAACUGUCAGCUUCUCCACGUAUUUAACGAUGACGUCGUUGCCAAAGCGGACCACGACCUCACUUUAUGGCGGCUCGAGUACGAGCGGUUGUCGACCAUCCUGGCAAUGGGUCCUUUCCCGAGAACCAUUACCGAACCCCAAGAAGGAGAUAAUGACUUUGUCAGCCAUCUUCAGAAGCUAAAUGGUAUUCUUUGGAACAUUCCGGGGAUGACCCACCAGGCUCAUUCGGUGAUUGAAGCUAAAAUCGUUACUUCGAUGAGGGAAGAGACCCCGCUUGAUGAAGAAGUAGAUCCAGUGUGGCUAGCGAACCUCGAAAGACUCCGAAAUGUCACCGACCUCACGUCGUAUACCAUGAGUAUCGCCGAGUUAACCCAAGAUGCGAAAGCAGGGAUAUUGCUGUACUUGGCGGCGACAAUGGAUGAUUGA